GCAGAACGAAGGGUGUGAAGCUGUACGCUUUUUUAACUGUGUGAAGGAGAUUGAGUGAUUGUAUGGAGACAUCAGAUAUGGGUUUGAAUGUUGCAAGCUAAAAGAAGUUGCGAUAAGAUAAACAAAAACAUAUCCCUCUGUAUGGAUAUCGCGGUAUCGUUACGUUAAAGUUGGAUUUUUUUUUUAUCGCCCCUUACAAGGACAAAAUAAACAAAGAGGAACAUAUGAUUGGCCCAAUGCGCACUCUGUUUCUGCAUACACACUUUGCUUGUGUAGGUGUGUGGGUUUUGACGUUUCCCCGAACAGGGUGACUCACCGCGGUGCUGCUGCCGGCAGUUACGACGAUUACAGCGUGCGCGCGCUAUCGCCGUUCGAUUAGUUGAGCCAAAAGUUGAAAAAACAAAUCAAGUGUAAAAUAAUAGCAACAAAAAACACACUUUUUUGUACCUAAAACACCGUUUCAAUGUUGAAAAAGUGUAUCAUGCAGUGUGCUACUUAUUUUUUUUUGCAACAGUGAGUCACGUUCCUGCAGUAGUACCAUCGCAGGUUUACGUUCCGUUCUCACGGCCGUUAAAUGGUUGCACAAACACCGUUGGUCUGUUUUUGAACUUCCUGGGCUCCUGCUGGAUGGACAAUGUUUGCGGAGCGUUUGUUAUCGUACAUGUUAACACUCUAAACAGCAACAAAACAUGUAGAGUCGAUUUCGAACCGAGCGACCGAAACCCGACCCUGAGGAGCAGCCAGGCAGGUGUCUUUACACAUUUGCAAACGAAAUGCUACACAACGCUUGAAGGAAGAUAACGAACAUCCGAAGGUCCGCAGACGCAUCUCGCUCGUCACGCGUCACUUGCUGACCAGUUGCUGCUACUCACACACACACACGCUGGAUGGUGUUGGCGAGCGACUUAGUAUAACCGGGAACCGAGCACGAGCUGCAAUGCUUCCAUCGAACGGAUCCGAACCGGCCGGGCCCGUUGGCCAGAAUGAGGCCAAACUGUUGGCGAUCGUAGUGCUCGGGUUCGGCAGCUUCCUGUGCGGCGUGCUGCCGAUCUACAUAUCCCAGCGCAACCGGCAACGCUACCCGGGCACGCUCUCCUUUCUGCUCUGUCUCGGGGCGGGCGUCCUGCUGGCCACCGCCAUCGUGCACAUGCUGCCGGAGAUACGCGAAGCGCUCGGCGAGUACGCGGAGAUUGUGUUUUGCAGUGGCUUUUUCCUCAUGUACGCCAUCGACGAGCUGGUAGAGUUUUGCGGCAUCGCUGGACACGAUCAUGGCGAGGACGGAGAGGGUGAGCGGCGGGCGGAACAGGAGGGGCGUUAUGGGGACGACUCGGACGCGGCAAGCACCUCGAGCCGCCGGGAGCGGCGGUACGGUGCGAACGAGGAAACGAAAUCGCUUCUCGGCAGCGGCAAUGACUCCGAAGUGACCGCCUCCCGACGAUCGCUGGAAAGUGUGGUGGGGUUGGGCGGCAAUCUAUCCCGCCGCUCGUCGCUGAAUGGACCGCCGCCCGCGGGAAGAGGACAACGAUCGGCACAAAGUGCUGCCGAGCUGCAGCUGACCGGUGUGUUCGGGCUGCUGCUAGCGCUGUGCAUGCACUCGCUGCUCGAAGGGCUAGCGAUCGGGGUGCAGAACUCGGGGCCGAAGGUGUUGCUGCUGCUCGGUGCCGUCAGUGCGCACAAGUUCGUGGUUGGGUUUGCGCUUGGCGUGCAGCUGGUCGCGAACGGUGCGCGGGAGCGCUGCUCCCACGUGCUGCAGGUGCUAACGUUUUCGCUCGGCUCGGUGGCCGGCAUCGGCAUCGGCAUGGGGCUGGAUGGGCUGAACGAAACGCUUACCACGCUCAUCAUGCCGGUGCUGCAGGGAUUGGCGGGCGGCACGCUGCUGUACGUCACCGUUAGUGAGGUGUUGCCGCGCGAACGGGCGAAACGACGGUGGCACACGCGGGCCAUGGGACCGGGCCAGUUUGGGGCCGUUGUGGUGGGCUUUUCGCUCAUGUCCGCGUUAAGCUUGGUGUUGAGCGAUGAGUAGAGUAGGGCGUCCCUGCUCAUCGUCUGCCCGUUAUCGUAUGAUCGUAGUUCCUGGUGGUGGCGGACACUCUACAAGCUGGGCGAACGAACACAAAUGCGCGAUGCUCAGAGUAUAUCUCGGAUCGGUCACCGGCUGUGCCAAAAAUGUUUUAAUACUAGGAUUUUUAUGUUAAAUUUUACAAUCGAAUAGAGAAGUUGAGACGAUGUAGUUAUAUAGUAGCUGAUGUACAAAUGGAAGGCAAUGGCGUUAGUAUUACCAGAAAGUGUGUAGUUUUGUGAGUUUUUGCAGGGAGGUAGGUAGCAACUUUGGAUAGCUUUUAAUCGUACAAGCAAUAAAAAGAACAAAAGCUGCCAUUUUACACUUUUA